CGAUAACCCCCCGUGCGUGCAGCCGAAGUGGUGAAAGCCUCUACGUACUGGCUAAUGAUUGGCACGCUUGACAGUGAUUGGCAGGGCUGCCAUGACAACCCUACAACGACACCAAGAAGACCAAUAGAAAAGCGAAACAAAAUAUUUCAAUGCUACACUCACGGUGGAUUUAGGGGGAGAUAUUAUGAGGCUGGUGUCAUUAGGCGAUAGCUAUUGAAUCAUUCAAUUUGAAUUCGUCGUUCUUUUUUCCUUCGCAAAUUUGAUUCUCUCUCAGGUCAUUUCCAUGGUUUUCAGAUCGCCUUUAGAGCUUUAUCCCUCUCAUUUCUUCCUGCCAAACUUUGCUGAUCGCCCUUUGGUCUUGGCGAGCAGUGCGCCCAGCACCAGGUCUCCCGAAGACUUGUCAAUGUUUCAGCUACCGACCCUAAACUUCUCUCCGGAGCAAGUGGCGAGCGUCUGCGAGACGCUGGAGGAGACCGGGGACAUCGAGCGGCUGGGUCGCUUCCUAUGGUCGCUUCCAGUGGCACCGGGUGCUUGCGAGGCGAUCAACAAGCAUGAAUCCAUCCUACGUGCCCGGGCUGUUGUUGCCUUUCACACAGGCAAUUUUCGCGAUCUCUAUCACAUUCUGGAAAACCACAAGUUUACCAAGGACUCGCAUGGUAAACUACAAGCGAUGUGGCUCGAGGCUCACUAUCAGGAGGCCGAGAAAUUACGCGGGCGUCCCCUAGGACCGGUUGAUAAGUACAGGGUGCGAAAGAAGUUUCCCCUGCCUAGAACCAUCUGGGACGGUGAGCAGAAGACGCAUUGUUUCAAAGAGCGGACGCGAGGUCUGUUACGGGAGUGGUACCUUCAGGACCCCUACCCAAACCCCAGCAAGAAAAGAGAACUGGCUCAAGCCACUGGACUCACUCCUACACAGGUCGGAAAUUGGUUUAAAAACCGGAGACAACGAGACAGGGCAGCAGCAGCAAAAAACAGGCUCCAGCAUCAAGCAAUAGGGCAGAAUGGCAUGCGGUCCCUUUCAGAAUCCGGCGGCACCCCACGCAGUUCGGCGGAGUCGCCAUCAACUGCAGCUAGUCCAACGACCAGUGUCUCGAGUAUGACAGAGCGAGUCGACACGGGCACAUCAAUUCUUUCAGUAACAUCAAGUGACUCGGAAUGCGACGUAUGAUACGCAAAAGAGAAAUAUAUACAGGAAAAAGGACCUGAAUAAACUUGAUUAAUUAUCGGGGAAGAUGAAAAAGGACCAAUUGAUAUUACUAUUAUAAAAAGAAAAACAUAAAAGCACGUCUUUUUUCAAGCGCUUUCAAUGGACCCCACACCUUUCCCCACCCCAUCACUUGCAUGAUUAUAUAUAUCUAAAUAUAUAUAUUUUUUUCUUUUUUGUAUAUGGGGAAAUGCCCCACGUUUAUGUCUACCAGGACCACCGUGAAGAGGGAAUUACCAGGAACCGGUGUCCAUCGCCUUUUUUUCUGUUUUAGUCCGAGUGACGACGAGCAGCCAAGAUGCAAUCCUCUUUUCCUUUUUGUUCAUCAGACAAUCAUUUGAGUCGUAAGCACCUUUUUACUACACUUCUGUCACUGCCUGUGUGGGGUACUGGUCAAACUGGAAAUGAAUCGUUAUGACUGUAUCAGAUUUUUAUUUUUAUUUCGAGAUUUUAUAUUGAAUUAUGUAUAUCUUAAAUAAUGCGACCAUUCUCCCAGUCUGUAAUAUAUGUGUAGAAAUAAGUCUGUAAAUAAUAUUGCUAUACCCAUUCUCUUUUCUAUCCCUGUUCACUUUUCUUGGCUUGGUGUCCCUACAUAAACUAUUCGUCAAAACGUAAACGUGCUCUAGGCGUUUUGUUUCUCUGUUUUAUGCCAUGAAAAGAACGCUAGGGACCAUGAAUUAUCAGUCGAGAUUAAUGCAAAAGACAAAAUAUUGGAUAUCAUCAUCGACUGACCAAGUCUAUUUCAUGUUUCCAGUCCAGCGCUUAUAAUUCAAUGUUACUUUCUUGCGUGUUUCUGUUAAUGUAUACGUUUCUAAACUGAAAAUACAGUAUU